CUCUCUUGUAGAUCACCUCCAGGAUGAACCACAGACUGGCAGCGGUUCAUCAUAACAGCCGACCUGUGGACUACACCGACAGCCCCAGGGCUCGGAGCCGUGACAACCUGCUCAUGUACGAUGACUUUGGAGAGGAGAGCUGUUGCCCUGGACGAUGCCUCGGCCACAGCAGCUCUGAGAGACAGCUCUUGGCUCGUCUCAGUGCUGUUAAACGACGCCAGGCUCUUCGUGGUCCUGCCUACAUGUUCACAGCCCCUUCAAUCAGCCUGUCAGAGGUUGAGCAGCGUUUCCUGGAGGCGGCGGAGUACGGCAACAUACCAGAGGUACGGCGCAUGCUGCUCCACGUGCCCAACUUGAACGUCAAUGCCGUGGACUACAUGGGCCAGAAUGCAUUGCAACUGGCUGUGGCCAACGAACAUCUGGAGGUGACAGAGCUGUUGCUGGGGAGGGAGGAUUUGUCCAGAGUGGGUGACGCCCUCCUGUUAGCCAUAAGUAAAGGCUACGUUCGCAUCACAGAGGCCCUGUUGUGUCACCCGGCGUUUAGAGAUGCCCAUCGUCUGACAGCGAGCCCCGCUCAAGCAGACAUGUUGGAUGACUUCUAUGCUUAUGAUGAGGACGGGACGAGGUUCUCUCAUGAUGUUACUCCAGUGAUCCUUGCAGCGCACUGCCAGGAGUACGAGAUAGUUUACACCCUGCUGAAUAAAGGGGCUCGCAUUGAUCCUCCUCAUGAUUACUUCUGUGGCUGCGACUCCUGUAACUACCAGCAGCAGUUUGACUCCUUCAGCCACUCACGAUCGAGGAUCAACGCCUACCGAGGACUCGCAAGUCCUGCUUACCUCUCCCUCUCCAAUGAGGACCCGGUGCUGGCAGCCCUGGAGCUCAGCAACGAACUGGCCAUGCUGGCUAAUAUUGAGAAAGAAUUUAAGAACGACUACUGCUGCCUGUCGAGCCAGUGUAAGGACUACGUGGUGGGCCUUCUGGAUCUGUGUCGCAGCACUGAGGAGGUGGACGCCAUACUGAGUGGAGAAAUGGACUCUGAAGACAGCUAUGAUGUACCGGGUCGCCCCUCCCUCACACGGCUCAAAUUAGCCAUCAAGUACGAACUCAAAAAGUUUGUGGCUCAUCCUAACUGCCAGCAACAGCUGCUGAGUAUCUGGUAUGAGAAUCUGCCUGGCCUGAGACAACAAACCACUGCUGUCAAACUGCUGGUGGUGCUGGCGGUGGCUAUAGGACUGCCUGGCCUGGCUGUGGCUUACUGGAUCGCUCCGUGCAGCAGAGUGGGGAGGGUGAUGCGGAGCCCCUUCAUGAAGUUUGUGGCUCACGCCUCAUCCUUCACAAUUUUUCUGGGUCUUCUGAUCCUGAACGCCGCUGACCGUUUCGCGGGCACCACCCUGUUGCCGAACAUGACCCACCAUCAGCACCCCGGAGGAUCCCAGUUCGACCCGCUGCUGCUCUACCGCAUGACCACGACGCCCUUCACGUGGAUGGAGAUCCUUAUCAUUUCAUGGGUCAUGGGCAUGAUCUGGGCUGAGGUGAAGGAGAUCUGGAGUCAAGGGCCGGGGGAGUACCUGAUGGAACCGUGGAACUUCCUGGACUUUGGGAUGCUGGCAAUCUUCCUCGCCUCCUUCAGCUGCCGCUUCUCCACUCUGAGACACGCUGGCUUAGCCCAGACCUAUGUACACAGACACCACACCACACUGAUUAAUGUCACGCUGCCUCCUGAGAUACACUACUUUACACUGGCACGUAUCGACUGGUUGCCGUCAGAUCCCCAGCUGGUGUCGGAGGGCCUGUACGCGGUCGCGGUGGUGCUGAGCUUCUCUCGGAUUGCUUACAUCCUCCCAGCCAAUGAGAGCUUUGGCCCGCUGCAGAUCUCUUUGGGGAGGACUGUCAAGGACAUCUUCAAGUUCAUGGUCAUCUUCAUCUUGGUUUUUCUGGCGUUCAUGAUCGGCAUGUUCAACCUCUACUCUUAUUACCUGGGGGCGAAGCAGAAUGACGCCUUCACCACCCUGGAGGAGAGCUUCAAGACGCUGUUCUGGGCUAUAUUUGGACUGUCCGAGGUCAGGUCUGUCGUGAUCAAUAACGGACACAAAUUCAUCGAGAACAUUGGCUACGUGCUGUAUGGGGUUUACAACGUUACCAUGGUGAUAGUGCUGCUCAACAUGCUCAUCGCCAUGAUUAACAGUUCCUUCCAGGAGAUUGAGGAUGAUGCUGAUGUUGAAUGGAAAUUUGCUCGAGCCAAGCUAUGGUUCUCCUAUUUUGAGGAGGGGCGGACGCUCCCUGUGCCCUUCAACCUGGUCCCCAGUCCAAAAUCUAUCCUGGGACUGGCCAUGGCCGUCAAGUCCCUGCUCCUGGAGUACGCAGCGGGUCACAGUGAGGAGAAAGCUGGGACCCAGCUCGACCAGCUCGGAGAAGGCAAAAAUUCAGGUUCAUUCGGUGCUUCUACCAGCCCAACCAGAUACCAGAAGAUCAUGAAGCGACUGAUAAAGCGUUACAUCAUCAAAGCCCGAGCAGACAGAGAGAGUGACGAGAUCACUGAAGGCGAGCUGAAAGAGAUAAAGCAGGACAUCUCCAGUCUGCGAUAUGAGCUGCUGGAGGAGAAGUCACAGAACAUGGAGACACUGGACGGACUGCUGAGGAGGCUGGGAGAGAUCAGUACACCUUCAGAGUAGCACUGCCUGUCAUCCCGAUUUGUACAUAAAACUGUACAGACUUAAAGUGCCUGUUCUCUAUCAUUGAAUGUAGAUAAAGUACAGAAAUUGAUACGAUAAAGUAAGAGAGUAUGUAUGUGAA